AAGGCGGGAUAUCAAGAAGAGAGUGUUUCCCCAACGAUUUCUCUUCUGAAUUUUCUUUACAAAGCCAUUGAGGAGGACACCAUGCUUUUAAGAAGAACCUCCGUAUUUGUGGCAUUUUAUCUCUGCCUGCUGCUUAUGACUCCUUUGCCAAUGCUAACUUUCCAAGAAGAAUUCACUUGCCCAGAGAACUGGUUGAAGCGUGAAGGAAACUGUUAUGGCUACUUCGAGGAACCUCUGACCUUUGCACAGGCUAGGGAGAAAUGCCAAAAGGAACAUCGUGCCGACCUAGUCUCUUUCCAUAGCAAGGAAGAAGUCUGUGCAAUUGCGAAAUUUGUUGCCGGCUUCAGUGACAACAAAGAUGUUUGGAUAGGUCUCCAUGAUCCUCAAAAGGAUAAUGUAUGGUGUUGGACUGAUUCCACCAGGUUUAACUUAUAUGCAUGGCUGGAUGACACACAGAGAAAGAAUGAACAUUGUGCGCUAUUGCUCCACGGCACAAAUUAUAUUGCAUGGGACAGCAGAAAUUGUGAAACCAAGAGCCCCUACCUUUGUAGAUCAACACCACAAAUUAUCGUUCGUGAGUGCUAACAAGGAGGAACCCUGGCUGGCUGUCUAGAAGAACCUGCACCCAGAGGGAUGUCAACUCCUUCCAUGACUGCUAAACUCACCUGCUACUCAUCUAUAGGCUGAAAUCCCAAAUAAACAGUAGAACUUGCAA